AUGGAGAUGGGACGGAGUCGUGAGGCUAUUAGUCGUUCGAAUUCUCAUUCUCCGUUUGCUCGUUCGACUCACUCGCUUUCCCGGACUUGUUCUAUUUCUCCUCUCACACUCUCGAAUUCCCCUCUUCCUCCUCCUCUUCUCCCUCUUCCCACUCUUCAAUCCUACUCCUCGUCGGAAAGUUUUGAGGAGGAAGAGGAAGAAAGUGAUGAGGAUGUGGAGUAUUUUGAGGACGAUGACGAAGAACCAGUCCAAUUCCGCAAUCCCUGGGAAGCUGGCAACCCUUUGAUUGAUGAUGAGGAGGAGGCGUGGUGGUGUGUAUACCUGAACCGCAGGGCGGAUGGUGAUCUUCCCACCAGGCUUGGUCAAUUGACUGAGCAGCGUCGCUUGACUAAGAAGCGUCUCCAGGCUGAGGUGCGAGGAGAGGUUUUUUGUUAAUUGUUUUUUUGUAACUGUGCUAACUUUUUCCUUUCUUGUAGGUUUCCAAGGAUACAGUACCCCAUUACUCUUUUGCGAUAUCGAUACCGCCUAGUGCCCUUGAUUACGCUUUAGCGGAUAACAGGGCGGAUUGA